AUGGACGAACCCUGGCAAAUGAUGGGCGGCAACCUCGUCGUCAAAAACACGUUUUUGCACAUCACCACGUCGGACGGAGCCAGGAAAAGGGCUUCCUCCUAUCCACGAGGCAAGUGUGCGAUCCCUGCGAUGCCUAGUCCGGCCUUUUCAUCUGAGAUGUGCGGGCAGACGUCGAUGGUGCUGCGCAACAUUCCCAAGAAUUUCACUCGAAGCAUGUUGUGUGAUCUCCUGGAAGCACAUCGGUGCCUUGAGGAGGUGGAUUUCUUGUACCUCCCCAUUCGGCACAAGGAUGGCCGUUGCUUGGGGUACGCGUUCAUCAACUUCACCACGUCAGCAGCUGCCCUCGCGUUCCGCGGCUACUUCCACGACAUGCAUCUGCCAUGCUCGCUGGAGUCUUGCCCAAAUAAAACUGCGCUCCUUGCUGGCGCUGGGCCAGCUGUGGCUCUGGUUGCGCAUGCAAACACACAGAUGCGUAAUCUGGAGCAGCUCCUUGCCAAGUAUACCGACAGCCCCAUCUUACAUCCUCGUGUGCCGGACCGGUUGAAGCCGAUCCUUCUGGAGAAUGGAAGGCGGGUCCCCUUUGGGCAGGGUGCAACGACGUGGGGACAGGGCUUAGGGUUUAGGUCUUAG